AUGACGAAAAGAGAAUCCCUCUACAAUCGUCUUGCCAACGGAAUAGGAGUACUUAGCUCCAUGAUCCCGAACCCCAUCAGUUCAGAUCGGAGAUCACCUGUUAUCUCUGUUCUCCCGACCAGGCUCCCUGCAAAAGCCAGCCGAUGCGGUCCGUUGAGACUCCUGGGGCCGGAGAUCAGAGAAUCCGAAAUUGCAAGUCAUAUCCGCUGCGUGACUGCAGAUGCUUCGAGGAGGUUUGCCCAGUCUUUUGAACGGCACGGGAGAGCCCAGAUUGGAGCUUUUUUAUUCCUCCCGUACGAGCACUUAGGCCUUUCACCUCACGGUCCUAAAACUCCUCGGCCAGAGGCCAAGCGCUCUGAGGGAUCUCGCGUUCCGGACCUCGCUUUUGAGGCUCAUCUCAACGAGCCCUAGUGGUAAACGCUCCUUGUGGGCUUGAACGAACCUUGGUGGUACGGAGUACGGAGUAGUUAGUGGAGAUAUGCGCGCUAUCGCUACAUCAAUGUCGGCUACAGCGCCGAACAUGAUGCAUCUCCAAUGUGACACGGAAGAUCUUCACUCCCAAGGGCUUUAUUUGUCAUAUUUAUUGCUCAUUCAUUGUUCUUCGGCGGACGCCUUCGUAAAAUCUUAAUUCUUGACCCUGGUUCUUGGU